CUUGUUCUUUGUUUCUGUUUAAUUUAUUUUUUGUUUUUUGUGAGGAAUUGUUAUGUGGGUAUUUCAUUUGGGUUGUUUAUUUUGCGAGGAUUUUUCAUGUGGAUAUUUCGAUUUGAUUAUUUUCGGUUUGGUAUCAAAUUUUCUGGCUUUUGAUUGAGGAUGGUUCUUAGAGGACUACUUUUUUGGUUUUUUGGUUGAUUUUUGAUCCUGUGGAUCUAGUUUCCUGUUGUUCUGUGUGGGUUGAUGUUCUCUGGGAUGAAUCUAUUCUUGAUUUAUUGCUGUUUGAAUUUAGUGUUGUCAAGCUGGUCUUUAUGCUUCAAUUUGGCAAUUUUGUGAAUUUUCCAUUUCUUUUAAUAAUUCAGUAUUAUUAAUAUUAGGUUUUUAGAUGCCUUUGCAAUAGUCUUGAAAGGAACUAUGAGGAUGAUUGUUUUUGCUUACGCUUAAUAAGAGAGUGCCAAAUUUGGUUGCUCAUAGAAUCGAUAACUAGGAAGCAAGCGGAGAGUAGAAGUAUGUGACUUACUUAUACUGGCCUAAGUUGAUGUGGAUUUCCAGAUUUAGGAAACAGAUUUCAGCAAAUCCACUAGGCAUUUGCUUCAACCUCUUUGACCAUUAUGGAGGGUUUUGGGUUUAGUGAUGCAAGCAGUGCUGUGAGGAAGAGGAGGAGUACUACAUCUCGUCGUCCUCGGAAUGACUCACAGUUGCCUUCUGAUUACCAUGAUAUCUCAUCCUUAUCAUCCACGCCACCUUCAGACAGUAAUAUAAUGAAGCCUGAAGAUGGAGGAUUUGGAGAAUCUGAUGAGGCUUCUAACAAUGGUUCUUUUCGAGGAAGUAAUGAGCAGAGGCACAGCGGAGUUGAUUCUAGAAGAUGCAGUGAAGGUGUUCUGGCCCCAGCUAAUUGGAAAAGCACAAGCAGCUUGGGGCAGAGUAGAGUUGUUUCAGACGGAGUAGGAAAUGACAAUAAAGUGAAAAAGGUCAAGCUUAAGGUUGGUGGCGUCAUACGCACUAUUAAUGCCAAGUCUGCAUCUGAUGGUGCAUCUGCUGUUGGGUCUUCUUCUACCAGAUCCUCCCGCUUCCCAGAUCCCCAACAGAAGUCAAUUGAGGAUUUGGAGGAUAAUCGUUCCUUUGCUUCAGAUAAGGGGAGUGGUUUGCGAGGAGUCCCAUGGAAGGAUUUCUCUAGAAGUAGUUUAACUGUUGGGAAAGCAGAUGGUUUGAGGGGUAGGAUGCCUGAAGAAAAUCUCUCUUCGAAACAAACAGAUAAGUAUGAGCCAGUUCGUAAGAGCAAACGGGUCCCAAAGAAACGCUUAUUGGAUGGAGUGCUUGAUGAUGAAGAUGAAGAUGAAGAUGAUGAUGAGAUUCGAUACCUUGAAAAGGUCAAAACAUCUAAGAUCACUGCUGAUUAUGGUGCAGAAUAUGAAGACGAACAGGAAGAAAGAAGUAGGAAACAGCGGAAGAUAUCAAAGGUAUUGAAAAGAAAUGUUGGUGGUCUAUAUGAUGCAGAUGUUGGAGAUCAUAGCUCAUCUAGAUUUGGCAAGGAGAUUAAGAAGAGUAAAUCAGGGAGAGUAUCUGAUGAUACUGACUAUGUGGAAGAGGAAGAGCCAGGGUCUGAUGGUGAGCCAACAACAAAGAGGAAGAAACCGAGAAAAGAAUUAGUUGAUUUAAUGGAAGAUUCUAAGAAAGAAAUGACAGUUACCACACGUCAACGUGCACUUCAAACUGGCAAAGAUGGCUCCUCCAGUUUUGGUGCUAGUUUAAUCGAGUUCCCAAAUGGGUUGCCUCCAGCUCCUCCUAAAAAGCAAAAAGAGAAACUCACUGAAGUGGAGCAGCAAUUGAAGAGAGCUGAGGCUCUUCAAAGACGUAGGAUGCAAGUGGAAAGGGCAGCUAGGGAAUCAGAGGCGGAGGCAAUCAGAAAAAUACUUGGCCAAGAUUCCAGUAGGAAGAAGCGAGAAGAUAAAAUGAAGAAACGGCAAGAAGAAUUAGCUCAGGAGAAGGCUGCAAAUGCCAUGAUUCUUACAUCAGACCAUGUUAGAUGGGUCAUGGGUCCUUCAGGAACAGUCGUAACAUUCCCCAAUGAGAUAGGCUUGCCAAGUAUAUUUGACCCCAAGCCUUGCAGGUACCCUCCUCCCCGAGAGAAAUGUGCAGGUCCAUCCUGUACAAAUCCUUACAAGUACAGGGAUUCAAAGUCGAAGCUUCCACUGUGUAGUCUCCAAUGCUACAAGGCAAUACAUGACAAGAUGAGGACUGUUUCUGCCUGUUAAGAUAAUGGAGUUCAAACUGCUUCUAUCACCUUAGUAGAUGUAGGCAAAUCUUGUACCAUUGUAUUGUAUGUAUUCUAUCUCUAUAAUAAGAUUGUGCUUUUGAUGGUUUAUAGAAUUGCCAUCUUGAUCAA